UAUGACGUCAGAGAAAGGCGACACAGCUUCGGUUUUGGGGACAAUUCAAAUCUGCUGCUUUCAGAACGUUUUUUUUUUUUAAAUAUCAAAUAAAAAAACGGAAAUGUCUGUAAAUUAUGCGGCCGGGCUCUCACCGUAUGCAGACAAGGGCGUGUGUGGACUUCCAGAGAAAUUUGAUAGCACCGAAGAGCUGAAAGCGAAGGUGGCAACUCUUGCUAAGAUUGUAAAAGAGUCCAAAUAUAUGGUCGUGCACUCUGGAGCAGGAAUCAGCACUUCAACUGGCAUCCCUGACUUCAGGGGCCCAAAGGGUGUGUGGACGUUGGAGCAAAAGGGAGAGACGCCUCACUUUGAGACAACGUUUGAAGAGGCCCGACCCAGCCUUACUCACAUGGCCCUGCUGGGACUCCAGAGGGCCGGCUACCUCAAGUAUCUCAUUAGCCAAAAUGUGGACGGCUUGCAUGUGCGAUCCGGCUUCCCAAGGGACUUGUUAUCGGAGCUUCAUGGAAACAUGUUUGUGGAGGAGUGCGAGAAGUGCUGCAGGCAGUUUGUCAGGGAAAAGGUGAUUGGCGUGAUGGGCCUCAAACCAACGGGACGUUACUGCGAUGUGGUGCGCUCCAGAGGACUCCGAGCCUGCAGAGGGAAGUUGAUCAGCACUAUACUGGACUGGGAGGACGCACUUCCUGACAGAGAUCUGAACAAAGCAGACGACGCAAGCAGACAAGCCGACCUGGCGCUGACGCUGGGCACCUCCAUGCAGAUAAAACCUAGCGGAGACCUUCCACUCGUCACCAAGCGCAAAGGCGGCAAAGUGGUUAUUGUCAACCUGCAGCCCACUAAGCACGACAAGCAUGCACACUUGCGUAUCAAUGGCUACGUGGAUGAUGUCAUGAAGCAGCUGAUGGAGCACUUGGGGUUGGAUAUCCCAAAGUGGGAAGGGCCGACCGUGUGCGAGAGCUCCAUCGCUGCGCCCGAGAACGCCGACGACGAAAUUAAGCCCGCGCACGCUCUCAGUGCCGACGUGAAGGUCAAAGGUGAGCUCGUUAAGGAGGAGAAGAAGAAGCGAGCAGCACAUGGUGACGCCACCAUCAAAGAGACUGUCACAGUAAAGAAGGAGAGGAAAGAUCCUCCGCUGGGGGUGAAAGAUGACCAAUAGCCUCAGGUAUUGUCCUCAUCAAAAAUGCCUCCUGCCUCGAGAAACAAACUUUUGAUCGGUUGGAUCACAAAGGAUGCAACUUUUGUGACCUCUUUUUUGCCCACGAGAACAUUCUUGAAACUUUCUCUCUCUCUCUCUCUCUCUCUCUCUCUUUUUCUCUUUUUCUCUUUCUCUUUCUCUUUCUCUCUCUCUCUCUCUCUCUCUCUCUCUAAUAUAAGACAAGAAAAUGUUUUUGUUGUAAAUAGAUCACUGUUACACUACAUAUUUUUUAUCUCAGGAAUUUUUUUUUAAUUUCUUUUUAUAUCUUUGUUUUGGCAGUAAAUGGAAGCACAACCUC